AUGUGUACAUUAGAUCGUUACAGUCACAAGAUGACUUCAUUAUAUGCUAAAAGAAUGACACUACUCGCUGGACGUAUAUUCAAAGAUGUCGGUAAACCGAUUGACAAUAAAUCAAUGAAAGUUGUCAAGAUAAUGAGUGAACUGCCACGUCCAAUGAUGCUCAAAGAUUAUUAUCCAAAUUUAGAAGAGUAUAGCAGUAUCCUAUGGAAAUUACGUCAUGUCGGUUUGUAUAGAGAUGAACAUGCUGAUUUUCGUGAAGAGAUGGCACGUUUGCGUGAAUUACGUGGUAAAGGCAAGAAAAAGAAAGGUGAAGCGGGGAAGCAAACGAGCAAGUGAGGUGAAGCGCGAAGUAUUUCAAUCGUGUGUAUGUGUAUGUGUAUGUGCGUGUAUAAUAUUGACUUAUUAGUAGUUUUGUACAUAGUUAUAUUUUGCCUAUAAAAUUGUGUGUAUUAUUCGAGGA